CCGACCCUGAGCUCGAGCGAGCGCCCCGGGAGACGACGGGCGUCCCUUGGCAACGGCCGGCGCGUGGGGGUGGGAUAACUGUAGCCAGGCCUAGACUCCAGCACCAUGAGUCAAGAGUCCAAAGUGAACACCAAAGAAUCAUCUCCUCAGGCACCUUCCAAACCCAGGAAGUCAGUACCAGUCCUUGACCCAUCGGGGGACCAGUAUUACUGGUGGCUCAACACCAUGGUGUUCCCAGUCAUGUACAACCUCAUAAUCCUUGUCUGCAGAGCCUGCUUCCCUGACCUCCAGCAUGACUACUUGGUGGCCUGGCUGGUCCUGGACUAUAUAAGUGACCUGCUCUACUUAGUGGACAUUGUUGUGCGCUUCCACACUGGGUUCCUGGAACAGGGCAUCUUGGUAUUGGACAAAGGCCAGAUUUCACGGCGCUAUGUGCGAACGUCAAAUUUUUUGUUGGAUAUAUUGUCCCUGGUGCCCACAGACUUGGCAUAUUUGCGCUUGGGCCCACAUAUACCUACACUAAGGCUCAAUCGUUUUCUUCGAGUUCCACGCCUUUUUGAGGCCUUUGACCGAACAGAGACACGUACGGCAUAUCCCAAUGCCUUCCGAAUCGCCAAACUUAUGCUCUAUAUCUUUGUUGUCAUCCACUGGAACAGCUGUCUGUAUUUUGCAUUGUCACGCUACCUGGGCUUUGGCCGUGAUGCGUGGGUGUACCCUGACCCAGCACAGCCAGGCUUUGAACGCCUUCGUCGCCAGUACCUCUAUAGUUUCUACUUCUCUACACUCAUCCUCACCACUGUAGGUGACACACCACUGCCAGCCCGUGAGGAGGAGUAUCUUUUUAUGGUGGGUGACUUCUUGCUGGCUGUCAUGGGCUUUGCCACCAUAAUGGGUAGCAUGAGCUCAGUCAUCUACAAUAUGAACACAGCUGAUGCCGCCUUCUACCCUGACCAUGCACUCGUCAAGAAAUACAUGAAGCUGCAGCAUGUCAACCGCCGACUGGAGCGUCGAGUCAUUGACUGGUACCAACACCUACAGAUUAACAAGAAAAUGACAAAUGAGGUGGCGAUCCUACAGCACCUGCCUGAGCGCCUUCGAGCUGAGGUUGCAGUAUCCGUGCACCUGCCCACCCUAAGUCGCGUGCAGAUCUUCCAGAACUGUGAGGCCAGCCUCCUGGAAGAGCUGGUACUAAAGCUGCAGCCCCAGACCUAUUCACCAGGAGAAUAUGUGUGCCGUAAGGGUGAUAUCGGCCGUGAAAUGUACAUCAUCCGGGAAGGCCAGUUGGCUGUGGUGGCUGAUGAUGGUGUUACCCAAUAUGCAGUGCUGGGUGCUGGGCUUUACUUCGGGGAGAUCAGCAUCAUAAAUAUCAAAGGGAAUAUGUCUGGUAACCGUAGGACUGCAAACAUCAAGAGUCUGGGCUACUCAGACCUGUUCUGCCUGAGUAAGGAGGACCUUCGAGAAGUGCUGAGUGAGUACCCACAAGCCCAGGCUGUCAUGGAGGAGAAGGGCCGAGAGAUCCUGCUCAAGAUGAACAAGCUGGAUGUGAAUGCAGAGGCAGCUGAGAUAGCACUGCAGGAGGCUACAGACAGCCGCCUGCGGGGUCUUGAUCAGCAGCUAGAUGAGCUGCAGACCAAGUUUGCCCGCCUCUUGGCUGAACUGGAGUCCAGCGCCCUCAAGAUAGCAUAUCGCAUUGAGCGACUGGAGUGGCAGACCCGUGAGUGGCCAGCUCCUGAGGAGCCUGGGGCAGGGGCUGACGAUGAAGGGGAUGGUGGCGAGGAGAAGGCCUCUUAGGCUCAAGGUCAUACACACGCGUGUACACACACAAACACACACACAUACACACACACAUUCCCCCUUGACUUUAGCUUUAGGGUAACCCACUAUAACCUUCACCUUUGGAUGACACAAACAUCAGAGGAGCCCCAGAGAUAGAGGAAACCCUCUGUAGAUACUCCAUCAUGUCCCAACAACCAGACUACAUAGGCAGUGAGAGUGAGAACCUACUUAUUCUCCUUUGCCCACAAAGAGGAGAAAGAUGAAAAAACAGAAACUCAACCUCUCUUUGCACUGCCACAUUAAUUAGCACACAGUGAGCCACUGACAAUUCUGAUAGAAGCACGCCUGUAUGUUAAUCCAUGGAUAUACACUGAAGUUCUCACACACAUUCAUACCAGUUUUCUCAGUCUUUUACAGAGAUAAUCACAGUCACAUAUCCCUAUGAACACAUGUGCACAGUCACAUUACAUAUGCAUUCACUUUUUUUCCCAAAUAGCAAAAUAUUUAGAGUAGAAUAGCAAAAAUAAACAACAAGGGAAAGACAAGGAGCAAAUCAUUCUUGGCCUCCCCCAAAAUGAAGACAUGCAGUCCUCCAUAGCUAGGUUUCUACUCUACAGAAGGAGAAAAUACUUCCAUGAAAAGGCCAUGUAUAUCCUUUUAAGUCUCAUGUUUCUCUCAGUCAGACAAUCCCAGCAUUUCUCAGUCUGAGACCUUCAUCACAAAGCUUGC